AUGAAGUUUCGUGAUGGCAUGUGGCUCGCUGCUGAGGGCAAGCGCCUGGAAUAUGCGGAAGAGGUAUACUCGACGACUCGUUUGGAGGAGAGCAGAGGGUUGCGACUGCUAUGCCCAACCAAAAAGAUCAUGCAGAGAGCAGAUACGCUGAAUCUGAGCACCUUGACCAUAGACAUCGAGACUCCUUUCGACGGCGUUUUAUCUAUCGAAACCACACAUUGGCUGGGGGCAUUGAAUCCAGGACCACACUUUGACCUAUUUCCUGCUGGAAAACCGAGUACAAGGCACACAAGCAUUACCAAAAGCCCAAAGUCAAUGACAAUAUCCUCUGGCUCGAUAUCUGCAACGGUAAAAACGGUGGAUCAUGAUUUUGAUAUUCGGUUUCAUGCCACCGAUGGAUCGAAAGAGUUGACCUCUCUGCUGAACCGCAGUAUUGGUCUAGCGUAUGGUCCAGCACCUAGCAACCCAAUGCAAACAGCAGAUAUGCGGAAUCUCCACCACUACAUCUUUACACAAACGACCUUAUCGGUUGGCGAAUCGGUACACGGAUUGGGAGAGCGUUUUGGCGCAUUUAAUAAAGUUGGACAAGCGAUCACGCUGUGGAAUGCCGAUGGUGGAACUUCUAGCGACCAAGCAUACAAGAAUGUCCCAUUGUGGAUCAGCUCAAGAGGAUAUGGUAUAUUCAUUGAUACGCCAGACAAGGUUGAGCUAGAGAUUGGCAGCGAAAGAUGCUGUAGGGUUCAAACAAGCGUCGAGGGACAGCGACUUAAAUGGUACAUCAUACAUGGGCCAACUCCAAAGGAAAUUUUGUACAAGUACUCCAUCUUGACUGGCAAACCAGGAAAGGUUCCAAGUUGGAGUUUUGGUUUAUGGUUAAGUACUAGUUUUACCACAAACUAUGACGAGAAAACGGUCAAUUCCUUCUUGGAGGGCAUGAAAGCACGGGAUAUCCCGGUUGAAGUCUUCCAUUUUGAUUGCUUUUGGCUGAAGGCUUUUCACUGGUGCGAUUUUGUAUUCGACUCCGAGAUGUUCCCAGAUCCAAAAGCUCAAAUCACGCGUCUGAAGGAAUCAGGUCUCGUCAAGAAGGUCUGCGUUUGGAUCAACCCUUACCUUGGACAGGUAUCUCCAGUGUUCGAAAUAGCCGCGAGUAAAGGAUAUUUGCUGAAGCGUAAAAACGGAGAUGUCUUUCAAUGGGAUUUGUGGCAGACAGGCAUGGGAAUUGUCGACUUUACAAACCCGGAAGCGGUUGAAUGGUAUGUUGGUUGUCUGAAAGAACUCUUCGAUAAGGGCGUCGACUGUAUCAAAACGGAUUUUGGCGAGCGCAUUCCCAGCGAAGACGUCCAAUGGCACGACUCGUCAUUAGAUCCAAGGAAGAUGCACAACUAUUACGCGUUUUUGUACAACAAGAUUGUUUACGAGGCGCUUCAAGAGCGGUUCGGAGAAAACGAAGCUGUAUUGUUUGCCCGCACCGCAACAGCCGGGACGCAGAGAUUUCCUCUCCAGUGGGGUGGUGACUGCGAGUCGACACCAGAAGCCAUGGCUGAAUCAGUCCGAGGAGGUAUAUCUCUAGGUCUUUGUGGCUUCUCAUACUGGUCUGUUGAUAUCGGUGGCUUCGAAGGUUAUCCACCACCUUGGAUCUACAAAAGAUGGGUAGCAUUUGGGCUCCUCUGCUCACACAGUCGUCUCCAUGGAAGCAAUUCCUUCCGUGUUCCUUGGACCGUUGACGAAGACGAUACCUCCGAUCAAGGCUGUUCCAAGAUCCUCUCAACGUGGACUCUGCUGAAAGCCCGCUUGAUGCCAUACAUCUUCGCUCAAGCCCAAGAGUCCGCUAAUCUAGGCAUCCCGCUCUCGCUUCGCGCAAUGUGCUUUGAAUUCCCCGAAGAUUCCACAUCCUGGUUUCUCGACCGCCAAUUCAUGUUCGGCUCCAACCUCCUCGUCGCGCCCGUCUUCGAGGAGUCAGGGAACGUAGAGUUCUACCUCCCAGCUGGGAAAUGGACGAAUUUCUUCACCAACGAGACGAAAUCGGGGCCGGGCUGGUUCAAGGAAACGCAUGAGUUUGACACGCUGCCGUUGUAUGUGCGUGAGAAUAGCAUACUGGUGCUGGGGAAGGAGGGGGAGACGAGGACAGUUUAUGAUUAUGCGAGGGAUGUUGAGGUGAGGUUGUAUUGCGUGAGGAAGGGGGCGAAGGCUACGGUGGUUGGUAGUGAGGGGAAGGAGAUUGGAGUGCUGGAGGUUGGUGAGGAUGGUGAGGUGGGGAAGCAGGAGUUUCUUGGUGGUGAAUGGAGUGUUACCUGUUUACCUGCCCGAGACCAUUUGAGCGACUAUGUCCUUGGAGCCUGGAAGAACUUUAGUCUCACAAGUCCAAAGAGCGAUGAGCUGAAGCUUUGUCACCUACUAGGUGCAUUUGAUCGAGUUGUUCAGCGUUGCUAUAGUACAGGUAACCAGGUGAAUUGUAAUCCAAUGGCUUACCAUAUACCCCUGCGCAUGUCUUCAAAACGACGUAAUUCACCAUAUUUUAUAACAUAA